AACAGGUUAUACUGCUGUUGACACAGAGAUAAAACAGUGGCAGUAAUCUCGAAAGGAACAUACAUAACAUGAUAGAAGUAAAAGCGAAUGGUGUGUCAUUUCCGUGAGAGCUGAUGCAACCUUGGACUCCUGGGCCAUUGAUGGUGGAGGUCUGAGGAGGCUCAAGGCAUGUGUGUUGGUCGCAGGUUUCCAGUCCUCCUGCUCUCUUCGCCUUAUCCAGCCAGACCCCUGGGACCCUCUGAUAGCUGUUUGGUUUUAGCCUUGAUUCUCUGAAGCCUGCACUUGACCCCAGACAAAUGAGUUCUCUUAGCAAAUCCUGCACUUCCGUUCGUUCAACAAAUACUGAGCAGCUCCCCCACAGGGGCCCUAUGGAGGGCCUGGUGGGCAUGCACGUUAGGCUUUUUAUUUUUAACAUUUUCCUCUUAACGUGCUCAUGCAUCUGUCUCUUUCCACAGGGUAGCGAUGGUGCUCGGAGAUCCCCGCUACUGGAUAGCGAUGAGCCCUUGGUGUAUUUCUACGAUGAUGUCAGAACCUUAUAUGAAGGCUUCCAGAGGGGCAUCCAGGUGUCAAAUAAUGGCCCAUGUUUAGGCUCUCGGAAGCCAGACCAACCCUAUGAAUGGCUUUCAUACAAACAGGUUGCAGAGAUAUCCGAGUGUGUGGGCUCAGCACUCAUCCAGAAGGGCUUCAAGCCUGCCCCGGAUCAGUUCAUUGGCAUCUUCGCUCAGAACAGACCCGAGUGGGUGAUCAUUGAACAGGGAUGCUUUGCUUACUCUAUGGUGGUCGUUCCCCUCUAUGAUACCCUUGGAACAGAAGCAAUCACCUACAUAGUCAACAAAGCUGAACUCUCUCUGGUUUUUGUUGACAAGCCAGAGAAGGCCAACCUCUUAUUAGAUGGUAUGGAAAAUAAGUUAACACCAGGCCUUAAAACCAUUGUCCUCAUGGACUCCUAUGGCAUCGAUCUCUUGGAACGAGGCAAAAGGUGUGGUGUGGAAAUCACCAGUAUGAAGGCAAUGGAGGACCUGGGAAGAGCCAACAGACAGAGGCCUAAGCCUCCAGCACCUGAAGAUCUUGCGGUCAUUUGUUUCACCAGUGGUACUACAGGCAACCCCAAAGGAGCACUGAUCACUCAUCGAAAUGUAGUGAGCGACUGUUCAGCUUUUGUGAAAGUCACAGAGACAGUUCUUGCCUUGAAUGCCAGUGACACACACAUUUCGUUUUUACCACUUGCACACAUGUAUGAGCAGCUGCUUCAGUGUGUAAUGCUGUGUCAUGGAGCUAAAAUAGGAUUUUUCCAAGGAGAUAUCAGGCUGCUUAUGGAUGACCUCAAGGCACUUCAACCCACAAUCUUUCCUGUGGUCCCCAGACUGCUGAACCGGAUGUUUGACCGAAUUUUUGGGCAGGCAAACACCACGCUGAAGCGAUGGCUGCUGGACUUCGCCUCCAAGAGGAAAGAAGCAGAGCUUCGCAGUGGCAUCGUUAGAAACAAUAGCCUGUGGGACAGACUCAUCUUCCACAAAAUACAGUCGAGCCUGGGAGGAAAAGUCAGGCUGAUGAUCACAGGAGCCGCGCCUGUGUCCGCCACCGUGCUGACGUUUCUGAGAGCAGCGCUCGGCUGUCAGUUUUAUGAAGGCUACGGACAGACCGAGUGCACCGCCGGUUGCUGUCUGACCAUACCUGGGGACUGGACAGCAGGCCAUGUUGGUGCCCCAAUGCCUUGCAACCUUAUAAAACUUGUGGACGUGGAAGAAAUGAACUACUUGGCUUCCAAGGGCGAGGGUGAGGUGUGUGUGAAAGGGCCAAAUGUAUUUAAAGGCUACUUGAAGGACCCAGUGAAAACAGCAGAAGUUCUGGACAAAGACGGCUGGUUACACACGGGGGACAUUGGAAAGUGGCUUCCGAAUGGUACCUUGAAGAUUAUCGACAGGAAAAAGCACAUAUUUAAACUGGCACAGGGAGAAUACAUAGCACCCGAGAAGAUUGAGAAUAUCUACCUGCGAAGUGAACCUAUCGCUCAGGUGUUUGUCCAUGGAGAAAGCUUGCAGGCAUUUCUCAUAGCAAUUGUGGUACCAGAUGUUGAGACAUUAUGUUCCUGGGCCCGAAAGAAAGGAUUUGAAGGCUCCUUUGAGGAACUGUGCAGGAACAAGGACGUCAAAAAAGCCAUCCUGGAAGACAUGGUGAGGCUUGGGAAGGAAUCUGGCCUGAAACCAUUUGAACAGGUCAAAGGCAUUAGUCUCCACACUGAAUUAUUUUCUAUCGACAAUGGCCUCCUGACUCCAACGAUGAAGGCAAAACGGCCCGAGCUUCGGAAUUAUUUCAGGGCACAGAUAGACGAACUUUAUUCCACCAUCAAAGUUUAAUGCCAGGAAGAAACCACACCCCUCCGCAGUCUCCUGCUGAUGGCCUUCACGUUGGUAAUUUUGACUAGAGUGCGCGUAGGAAAGGGAGCGUCCACGUUUGACUUGUGCAUUCGGGGUUCUCGCCAUAGGAAUUUCAGAGGACACGGAACACUGCCUUACGGUCACCUCCUGUUGCAGACCAUGUAUAUGGUGAUACACAGUUUCCAAAAUGAGCCUUAAAAUCGUAAAGGGGAAACGAUCCACGUGCUAAGUUAUUUGAGACUUCCUCUGUUUAAAAAAAAAAAAAAAAGGUGGUGAAAACUUCUGUCUCCCCGUUUUCUAACCAAGGGAUUAGGACUUCGCUAUUUCUGAGACGUCUGCUACUUGCUGCAGAUUCUGCCGCUCUGCAAGGUACAGUGCACUGGAGGGAAGCUGUCCCUUCAAAGCAAGAACUGUUCCAGCUGGAGAACGUGGCAAGCGGGCCAGAGAUUUUUUUAAACCCCUGCCUCCUCGCCUUCCCCACUUCACACACGCCCCGACGAGCCUUCUGCUGUCGGGUCCGGAGCGGCGCGUGCUUCUCAGCAGUCCCUGUUGUCCUGUAGGAGCAAAAGGUUCCCGGGGACGGAGGCAACAGAUCCGACUCAGAACAGCACAGAUGUCGUCUCGGAUGAAUGGGCGCUCACCUGAGCGAGCGGCUUCUGGUGCCCGCGGAGCAGAAUGAUCUCAGACCCUCUUCUCCAGACCCGAUUCCCGUCCCCCACCCCCCACUACUCCCUCCCAGGGGUUAUUAAAAAAUCUGCCUUAGACUCUGCAGUGAAGACAAGCAUUUCAAGAAGGAAAUAAUUACCUGGAUCGCCCAUGCUCAACUGUGACGCCUCAUGAACUGUCCCCUUUAUCAUCGCUGAACCAGUCAUUCUUUGUGAUGGCCAACGGAUUUUUAAUGUGGUUUUCAUAUCAAAAGAUUGUGUUGUGAUUAAGUGGCUUUUUCCACCCCCAAAUAAAUUCUCAGGCAGGGCAUGUCUUUAAACCUAUUAAGGGAAUAGAUAUACUUGGGUACUUAUUGAAAUGGACAGUAAUAAGCAAAUGGUCUUAUAAUGCUACCUGAUUUUUAUGAAAUGUGUUUGACAAGCCAAAAUUCUAGGAGAUAGAAAUCUGGAAAACUCAUUUUCUGGGAUUAACUUCUCAAGGGAUUUUUUUAAAAAAAGAAAAAGUUAAUUUGGGAAUUUAGCUGCAUUUCACUUGACUGCAAGUCUUUGCUACGUGUGACUGAAUUAAGUUGUCAUUUAUACAUUGAAAGCAGCUGGUUUUGGCUUUGUGAGAGUUCCGUGUAUUAUACAAGCACGACGGGGUUGGCACCGAAGAACUGUCAUCAUAGUAACACUAUUUGGUAGCCUAACUUCAUGUGUGUGUUCUUCAUUGCACAAAAAGUCAGUAAUUUGUCACCUUGGGGUUUUGAAUGUUUGCUCUAAGUGUUGGCUAUUUCUAUGUUUUAUAAACCAAAACAGAAUUUCCAAAAACAAUGAAGGAAACCAAAAUAAAUAUUUCUGCAUUUCAAG